CAAUCCCCAACCCUAACUUCAUCUUCCAUCACCGCUUUGUUCAGGACCUAACGGAUCAUAAUCCAAAACAACGUAUACCCUCUGUACAGAAACGACCGCGAGAUUUCAAUCGAGAGAGAGAGAGAGGAACUCCGUUGAAUCAAUCACCAUGGACGAUUACGAAGAGAGGGAGAGGUUCGGGAUGGAGAACGACUACGAGGACGCCCAGUGGAUUAACGGGGAGUUUUAUUAUGGGAAGCGCAAGGCGAAGCCUAUGCAGACAAAAGAAGAUACCCUCUACGGAGUCUUCGCUGGUUCUUCCGACGAAGAUGAUGACGGUUCGUCCUCGAAGAAGAAGCGCAAAGGCAGGGAUUUUGGCCGCAAGCCGGACCUCACCAAGCCCGUGAACUUCGUCUCUACAGGUACGAGAAUGCCUGACAAAGAAAUUGAUGAGAAUUUGAAAGAGGAUGAUGUUGAUAUGUUUGAUUAUGAUAGUGAUAAUGCUAAUGGAAAGGCUGGAAUUGGUCUGGGAGCAGUGAAUCCUGGGUCUACUGGGUUAGGGUUUGGUGAUAAUAGUGUUAGGAAAAGCAAGGGUGAUGAAAUUGGUGGUGGUGGUGGUUCUGCUUCUAUUGUUGACGAUGGUGGUGGUGGUGAUAAUUUCUUGCCAACGGCCUUUGGGAGGAUGAUAAAGGAGGGUGCAGAAAAGAGGGCGAGAGAGAGGUUAGAGAAGAAAGGGAAGGAAGGGAAAAGGAAGGAAGUGAAUUCUGGGGAUGUUGGGGGUUUUGAGAAGCAUACAAAGGGAAUUGGAAUGAAGUUGUUGGAAAAGAUGGGAUAUAGGGGAGGUGGGCUUGGGAAGAAUGAGCAAGGUAUUGUUGCUCCUAUUGAGGCUAAAAUGAGGCCGAAGACCAUGGGUAUGGGGUUUAAUGAUUUCAAGGAGACAGCGGCUGCAAAGGUGCCUGGUUUACAACAAAUAGAGGAAGAGAAGAAAAGUGGGCAGCAGGCAGUAGGCGUGAGAGCAAAAGAAAGGUUGUGGUUGAAGCAGGCUAAGGCUAAGAAAAAGGAGGUUUAUAUUACAGCGGAGGAGUUGUUGGCAAAGAAACAGGAGCAGGGUGGUUUCGAAGUUGUGCAGAAGGUGGUUGAUAUGCGGGGGCCGCAGGUUCGGAUUCUGACGAAUUUGGAGAAUUUGAAUGCAGAAGAUAAGGCGAGGGAAAUGGAUAUCCCAAUGCCUGAGCUGCAGCAUAAUGUGAGGUUAAUUGUGGAUUUUGCCGAGGCUGACAUACAAAAAAUAGAUAGAGAUUUGAGGAAUGAGCAGGAAAAGACGAUGAGCUUGCAGAAGGAUAAGGAGAGGUUGGAAAUGGAGGCGGCCAGGCAGAAAAAGCAGUUGGACGUCAUGGAGGAGAUCACUCGUGUAGUAGCCAGAAUUGAAGAAGAGAAUUCCUUGGGAACAUUGACAUUGGAAUCGCUGAAAAAGUCUUUUACUGAGCUGCAGAUCAGAUUUCCAGAUGAUUACAAGCUUUGUAACUUGUCUUGCAUUGCUUGUUCAUAUUCUUUGCCUUUGUUUAUUCGAGUUUUUCAAGGUUGGGAUCCUCUUCGUAAUCCAUUGCAUGGAGUGGAGUUGGUAGCAUCUUGGAAAAAUUUGUUGCAAGGGGAUAGUCAUGACAUAUGGGAUGUAGGCACACCUUACACUCAGUUGAUUUGGGACGUUGUUUUCCCUGCAGUAAGAAUAAGUGGCACCAAUACUUGGGAGCCAAGGGAGCCUGAAUCGAUGCUUAAAUUUCUGGAAUCCUGGGAAAACUUGCUACCUUCUUCAGUCCGCCAGAAUAUAUUGGACCAUGUAGUUUUUCCAAAAUUGUCAACUGCUGUAGAUUUGUGGGAUCCACGCAGAGAAACUGUUCCAAUCCAUGUAUGGGUUCACCCUUGGCUGCUGAUGUUAGCAAAUAAACUAGAGGGUGUGUACCAGAUGAUACGGAUGAAGUUGAGUAAUGUUCUCGAUGCUUGGCACCCCAGUGAUGUCUCUGCUCAUGCUAUUUUGUCUCCUUGGAAAAAUGUUUUUGAUUCAGGGAGUUGGGAACAACUUAUGCGCCGGUAUAUAGUUCCAAAGUUGCAGGUUGCACUGCAAGAGUUUCAAGUGAACCCAGCUAAUCAGAAGCUUGAUCAGUUUUACUGGGUCAUGUCAUGGGUUUCCACUAUCCCUGAUCAGCUUAUGGUUGAUUUGAUGGAGAAGUUUUUCUUUGCCAAGUGGCUGCAGGUUUUGUACCACUGGUUGUCAGUGAACCCCAACUUAGAAGAGGUUCAAAAAUGGUACAAAGGUUGGAAGGACCUGUUUCCGCCGGCUCUUCUGGCCAGUGAAAAUAUAAGGUAUCAGCUUAGUAUUGCUCUAAACAUGAUGGAGCAGGUUAUGGAAGGUAUGAAUGUGGUCCAACCUGGAUUGAGAGAGAACCUUACUUAUCUUAGGGCGAGUGAGCAGAGGCAGUUCGAAGCACAGCAGAGAGCCGCAGCACACGCUCAAUCUGCUGCUGGUCUCAGUAGUACAACCCAGGUGGAUGGUAUGAGCGGUCCUCUGGAAAUGAGCUUGAAAGAAGUUGUUGAGGCCCAUGCGCAGCAGCAUGAGUUGCUAUUUAAACUUAAACCAGGCAGGAUGUACAAUGGACAGCAAAUAUAUGGCUAUGGUAACAUAAGCAUAAUCAUUGAUUCUCUAAAUCAAUUGCUGUAUGCCCAAAAGGAGGAUGGUUGGGUCCUGACAACUCUUGAUAGGCUGCUGGAGAUGCACAACAAUUCUCUUGCCAAGAAACGUUAAGUUUUAUAGCAAUUACUUACACUUUUCUUUGGUUGGUAUUGACAAGUUAGAGGUUAGCAUUUCCUUUAUGAAGCUUACCUUACCUGCUGUGGAGUUUGUAUUUCUGGCCGUUUUGAUCUCUGGCCUGGCCUGGUCAAUUGAUGCCCCUUCAUUCGCAAAUGGGUAUUUUCCUGUUCAGUUAAUUAAGUGAAUCAAUACAAGAGGUUUUAAUUCUUUUCUGCACGAUGAAAGAUACAACAAACUACAAAGGAAAUAAUUAAAUAAAGUUUCUGAAAUUCUGUAAUUGUGGUGGGAAAGAAAAACUCAACACUGAUGACUUUGUAAUGAUAGAUUUCUUUAUGUUGAAUAAUAUUUGAGUAAGUUGCUUUUCAGAGGA